AUCGGUCAGUUCCGGACAUGCGUAUUCGCACGUUCGCGCCACAAAACAUGGCGAUGACUAUGAGCCAAACUGAUGUUGAGGUGCAGCAGAAAGAAGAGGGAGAUGAGGACGACCAUUCCAUGUCCAGAUCAGACAGUAGCGAGGAUUCUCUCGAUGGCCUGAUGGAACAUAGAUGUCCUCUCACCCCCUCCUUGUCACCACGGAAACGGAGCACCAGCCAGAGCAAAACGGAGCCUCCGCUUCUGAGGACAAAUAAAAGGACAAUAUACACCGCGGGACGUCCACCCUGGUAUAACGUUACUGGGACCACCUUUAAAGAAGCUUUUGUUAUAGGUCUGUGUGGAGGUAGUGCCUCUGGGAAAACCACUGUGGCCAAUAAGAUCAUAGAGGCUCUAGAUGUUCCUUGGGUUGUUCUGCUCUCCAUGGACUCUUUCUACAAGGUUUUGAAUAAAGAGGAGCAGGAGUUGGCGGCUAAGAACGAGUACAACUUUGAUCAUCCUGAUGCUUUUGAUUUCGAGCUGCUGGUUACUGUGUUAAGGAAACUAAAGAAGGGCAAGAGCAUCAAAGUGCCAGUUUAUGACUUUACAACCCACAACCGUCGUAAGGAGUGGAAAACAGUUUACGGGGCCAAUGUUGUGAUUUUCGAGGGAAUUUUGGCCUUUGCCAACAAAGAGCUUUUAAAGCUGCUAGACAUGAAGGUGUUUGUGGACACUGACUCUGACAUCCGACUGGUCAGGCGACUGAAAAGGGACAUUACAGUGCGCGGGCGUGACAUCGCAGGUGUCAUUAAACAAUACAACAAGUUUGUCAAGCCAGCGUUUGAGCAGUACAUCGAGCCCACUGUGCAGGUUGCAGAUAUUGUGGUUCCAAGAGGUGGGGAGAACUUUGUAGCUUUGGAUCUGAUUGUUCAGCACGUCCACAGUCAGCUUGAAACGAGGAAACUCCGCUGGGAUAUAUCUGCCCUGGCGUCCGCUCACCAGGGUCAACCUCUACCCAAGACCCUGAGCGUUAUGGAGAGCACCCCACAAGUUAGAGGAAUGCACACGAUUAUCAGGAAUAAAGAAACCAGUCGGGAUGAAUUUAUUUUCUAUUCCAAGAGAUUAAUGAGGCUGCUUAUAGAACACGCCCUGUCCUUCCUGCCGCUGAAGCCGGUGUCGGUUGAAACUCCACAAGGAACUGUAUAUGAAGGAAAGAGGCUGAGCGGGAAAAGGAUCACUGGCGUGUCCAUUCUGCGGGCAGGAGAGACCAUGGAACAGGCCUUGAUGGCAGUUUGUAAGGACAUCCGACUCGGAAAGAUCCUCAUCCAGACCAACCACGACACGGGAGAGCCCGAGCUUCAUUAUCUGCGUCUGCCCAAGGACAUCAGUGAAGACUAUGUCAUACUGAUGGACAGCACAGUGUCAACAGGAGCAGCAGCGCUCAUGGCUGUCAGAGUUUUACUUGAUCACGAUGUCCAGGAGGACAAGAUCUUCCUGCUUUCUCUGCUCAUGGCGGAGAUGGGCGUCCAUUCGGUGGCCUACGCCUUUCCCAAAGUACGCAUCAUCACCACUGCUGUGGACAAGAAAGUCAGCGAUGAGUUUCACAUCAUUCCUGGGAUUGGUAAUUUCGGGGACCGUUACUUUGGAACUGAUGCUCCUUCAGACUGGUAUGAAAGUGAUGAGGGGAUGGACUACUAAACUCGCUGAGUGACCGUGUAUCUGCUUGCAUCGGAGGAGGGAAUAUUUAAGCACUUAAUCUCAUCUGAUUGUGGACCCAUCUCUCUGCCCUGUAUAAGCGUACGCCUUAGCCUCCUUUUGGCGGUCAGAAAUCAAAGCUUUUCUCAAAGUGCCCACGUGACUGGACAGCAAUGCUAAUGUUAAGUUUGAGUUGGUAUGCUGAAGAGGCACUCCACCAUUUCUCUAUGGCAUACUAUUAUAGUAGUACUAUUUUUCCAAUAGUACAAUACUGUAUAUACACAUGCAUUUACACCGGUUGAGCAAAGUGUCAUACCAUGUUAGUAUACAGUAUGCUUCAUCAAUCAGCCUAAUUUUAGCCUGACUGUAUUGAUGCAGCUUUGAUAAAGGUGCAGAAUGUUAAUAGCUUUAUAGUAGCCCAUGCACAAGAAGCGAAUUUAAAGAUUUGGGUCAUACAUAAAGUUGUUUACUGCAGUUCUCUCAGUCUGCAAAAACUCACAAGUUAUCUACUGUUUGUUGUACUGUACAUUCAUUUGUAUAUUUUUUUCAAUUGAUUGGUGAAUUGGUUCACACAGAUGACAAGUGCCAAUCUUUUUUUGUAUUGAUUGGUGCAUUAGCUCAAACAGAUGAUAGGUGCCAAUCAAUACAUCGGUCAGCAUCUACCUGUUAGUGUGCAUGUGUGAAAAUAUCAAAAAUUUAACAAGGGACUUUUGUUGAUACGAGAUGAAGUCCAAAGGAUAAAUAUUUCUUUUUGUUUUCAUAAUGCAUUACAGUACCACAGGGGGACAAAAUCAGGGUAAUAGUUUAUGCUUUGUUGCAGCCAUUGUCCGGGUUAUAUACUUGAAUUUUAAAGUGUAGAUAAUGUGUAUUUAUUUUUCAUUGGUUUGCCCGGUGCCUGGUUAAUUGGAAGCAAUGAUAGAUUUGCAUUGACAAAAGUGUAAGAAUAGUUAUUGGUGGACAUUUUUGGAGGUCUGUUAUUAACAUCUGAACCAAAACAGAGAGAAGCGUUUGCUUCUUGCAAAACUCCACUGUUACAUGUCAUCUAAGGCACAUAAAAUUGUUUUGUUGCCUUUGUUGGGUCUUUGUGUAGAAAAUGUGUCAAUAUGCUUUACUUAUUUAAUUAAAUUAAAUAGAAAAUUGAUUUGUAUUUUUGGUCAUAUUUUGCUAAAUGUAAUUUUGAAAUAGUUUGUCUCAGGACCCUCCAUGUAAUGUUGUUUAUUUUUAUGUUUGUGUCUUUUAUUUUAUGUACAGUAAAGAAAUGCUUGGUUAUAUGUAUUAUUUUUAAUACAGAAUAAUCAAAUAUUAUCAGUGAAUCACUUUGUUACCUACUAAAUGUUACCCAAAUUCUGAAUAGAAACUAUCUCUGUCCCCAUUGAGAUGCGUACUGUGUUAAUGUUGUUUAUGACUAUCCUUGUCUGUUUACAAACACAAGCUUCCAGUCUGACCUCUAGUGCUGUAAGCCAUUCCAGUCCAGUUAUAUUGAAAAUAUUUGUGUCUAAAAAGCUCAAUAAAAUAUAUUGAGGCUGAUUCUGA